GACUCACAAAGAACAACAAUCCUACAACCACCAAUGUUUUUUUUUAAUAAAGUAAAAUGAAUAGACAUGUGGUCGCUACUGCAUCGCAAUCUUGUGCGGUCUGGCCCAAAGCCAUUCAGACUCACUCCUGAAAUCGCAAGGGGGAGGGCGUUUGCAUCCACUGAGAGCAACACCGACAAGCUACAACUACGAGAUUACCAGCAAGAAUGUAUUCGAUCAGUUCUAUCAUCGUUGAAGAGGGGUCAUAAGAGAGUUGGCAUUUCUUUGGCUACCGGUAGUGGAAAAACAGUCAUCUUCACUCAGCUCAUCGACAAGGUCCACAGUCGGCCUGGAGGCGCUGAUAAGUCACUAAUUCUGGCUCACCGCCGUGAGCUUGUUGAACAAGCCGCUGUUCACUGCCAGAGAGCCUACCCAGACAAGCGCAUUGAGAUUGAGAUGGGGUCGCUGCACGCGUCUGGACAGGCAGAUAUCACUAUCGCAAGCGUUCAGAGCAUCACCUCCAAGGGCCGACUAGAAAAGUUUGACCCGGCACUUUACAAGCUUGUGCUGGUGGAUGAGGCACACCAUAUCGUUGCGUCAAGCUACCUCAAAACACUAAAGCACUUUGGGUUGGAGCAAAAGAACAAGGACUCGCCAAAUCUCAUUGGCGUUUCGGCUACCUUUUCGAGAUUCGAUGGCGUCAAACUCGGGGCUGCGAUUGAUGAGAUUGUCUAUCAUAAAGAUUAUGUCGACAUGAUCUCCGACAAAUGGCUAUCGGACGUCGUAUUUACAACUGUCGAGUCCUCAGCGAACCUUUCGUCGGUCAAAGCGGGCGCCUUUGGUGACUUCCAAACUGGAGAACUAUCCAAGGCUGUCAAUACCCACGAGGUGAACGACAUGACAGUCAAGAGUUGGCUUACCAAAGCGUCGGACCGAUUAUCAACGCUUGUCUUUUGCGUCGACUUGGCGCAUGUUGCUGGCUUGACCGAAACAUUUCGCAGCUACGGAUACGACACCAAGUUCGUUACAGGAGAUACGCCCAAGCUAGAGCGUACAGCUAUCCUCGACUCUUUCAAAAGACGUGAAUUCCCUGUUCUCAUCAACUGUGGAGUCUUCACGGAAGGGACAGAUAUUCCCAAUAUUGACUGUAUUCUUCUCGCCAGACCGACAAGAUCUCGAAACUUGCUGGUCCAGAUGAUAGGACGUGGCAUGCGAUUAUACCCAGGCAAAAAGAACUGCCACAUCAUUGACAUGGUUUCAAGUCUAGAGACUGGCAUAGUAACAACCCCAACACUUUUCGGGCUGGACCCAAACGAGUUGGUCAACGCCGCGUCAGUCAAAGAAAUGCGCAAGCUGAGCAGCCGCCGAGAAGCAGCCAAAGAUAAGCAAGCUGCUGCAGCAUCCUCUCUCCUUACGCCACAGUCACCAUCACGAGCUGUCACCUUUACGGACUACUCGUCAGUUCUUGAUCUGAUAGCCGACACGUCUGGCGAAAAGCAUAUACGGCAAGCCAGCAAAUACUCGUGGGUGCAGGUCGGCCCAGAGAGAUUUGUACUAUCAGCGCCAAGCGGAUCGUACCUACGAAUAGAGCGUAUGACGGAGUCGAGGGGCCAAAAUAUGCCAGCUUACCGUGCUGUGGAGGUGCGGGCUCUCCCUGCUGGCAUGUCCAAGUCGCCCUUUGCUGCUCCUCGCGAGCUUCUCUCCGCUGCAACAUUUAGUGAUGCAGUUCAUGGAGCAGACAGCUAUGCAGCCCAGGCAUUCCCGCAUACGUUUAUCCACCGCCAUCAACCUUGGCGCAACCUGCCGCCAACACAGGGCCAGCUCGAUUUCAUCAACAAGAUGAGAGGCGGUGCUAGGGAAUUGCAAGCAAAGGACUUGACCAAAGGCAAGGCCGCAGACAUGAUCACCAAGCUGAAGCAUGGCGCAAGAGGGCAGUUCGCUCGCAUAGAGGCCGAGCAAAAGCGUAGGCAGCGACAAGUUAGUGUUGCGGACGAAAGACAAAACAGAGAAACCGUCCGUGUUGGACCGCUUCGCACUUAGGGGCCACAGAGCUCUAUUGUAUUAUACUGUUGUACAAUAUUGUAUAUUUAUUACAUUAAAUGGCCGUUCUCUAGACGAAACGACUACCCUUGAAUAUGAGCAGGUUAAACAUUCCAUACCGUCUACUUAAACAGCAAUUAUUCAAUCUUUUUACAGGCGCUAUUCAGAUAAACAAGC